CACGUUCCCGCGAGAGGAGAGGUGUGACGUAGGAUUGGCAGUCCGGCAGGAAUCAGGGAGCUGACGGUACCGGAGCUGCGGGACUUUUAAACAGCAAUCGGGGACUGCGGGCCGGGUUAAGAGAAUCGGGAGUGUCACGGAGGACGGGACUGUUGGGCGGUCAUACCACCGGUGAAAUGAAUGAAGAAGGAUUAUUUUAACCUAUUGUUCAGCUACAAACAGAAGCUUGGACUAUGGUGUGGGUUCUGUGACUCUUUGAUCCUAGAUAGUUCUGGUCCAUGUGUGUUCUACCAGUGGUGUUUACAGAUAACAUGAAGGUUCUAAGGCUUAUGGGCCAGCUGAGUCUGGUUGAAGUCAUCUUUGCUUUGCUUCUUUGUCUGGUGGUGGCAGAAGCUGACCACAUUCCAUUUGGUUCCCAGAAAGAGAUGCCUGCCAAACAUCAAGCAGGUCUCGACUCCCUGCUCUCCGAGUAUGAUGUCCUAUCUCUGUCCAGCAUCCAGCAGCACUCUCUCAGAAAGAGGGAUUUACAGAGUCAGUCACAGCUUGAAAGAAUGCUGAGCUUCACUGCACUCCAAAGGCAUUUUAAAUUGUAUUUAACAUCAAGCACAGAGCUUGUCUCCGAAAAUCUCGAAGCGCUGGUAUUGGAUGGGAAUGGCAAGGAAAAGAAAUACCAAGUAAAGUGGUCGGAUUUCUUUACUGGACAUGUUGUGGGUGAGCAUAAUUCCAAGGUUUUGGCACACAUUGGUGAUGGAGAUUUUACAGCACGAAUAACAACAGAUGGAGAGGAAUAUAACAUUGAGCCCCUAUGGAGGUUUGUGGAGAACACGUCAGGAGAUAACAUGUUGGUGUACCGUUCCGGAGAUAUAAAAGACUUUUCCCGCUUGAAGUCAUCAAAAGUCUGCGGGUACAUUAAACCUAAGGAGGAUCUCUUUAAGAAUGAGCAGGACACGGCAGAAUCAGCUGAAGGUGAUGAUUAUUUGCAUCGGGAGAAAAGGCAAAGAGCUGGGCCAGACUCGCUGAGGAAUACAUGCAAAAUGCUAGUUGUAGCUGACCAUCGGUUUUUUAAGUAUAUGGGUCGGGGAGAGGAGAGUACCACCAUCAACUAUCUGAUAGAGCUGAUUGACAGAGUGGAUGAUAUCUACAGAAACACCUCGUGGGAUAACAACCAGUGGAAAGGUUAUGGCGUGCAGAUAGAACAGAUUAUUGUACACAAGGAGCCGGAGAAUGUGACACAGGGACAGAAGCACUACAAUAUGGCAAGAGCUUUUCCAAAUCCUGACAAAGAUGCCUGGGAUGUGAAACAACUGUUAGAGCAAUUCAGCUAUGACAUCUCUGAGAAAGCGGCUCAGGUGUGCCUGGCUCAUCUCUUCACCUAUCAGGACUUCGACAUGGGGACCCUGGGGCUGGCAUAUGUUGGAUCUCACAAGCCGAACACUCAUGGAGGCAUUUGUCCCAAAGCCUAUGAAAAUGAUUUAUCCAAGAAAGCCGUCUAUUUAAAUACUGGCCUCACCAGCACAAAGAACUACGGGAAAACCAUUCUUACAAAGGAAGCAGACCUUGUCACUACUCAUGAACUUGGCCAUAAUUUCGGCUCAGAGCACGAUCCUGACAGCAUGGAGGCCUGUGCACCCAGUGAAGAUCAUGGAGGAAAAUUUGUCAUGUAUCCUAUAGCUGUGAGCGGAGACCAUGAAAAUAAUAAGAUGUUCUCGAGCUGCAGUCGAGAGUCCAUCUUGAGAACGCUAAUGGCCAAGUCUCCCAUCUGCUUCAAAGAGCGCAACAACAAAGUAUGUGGCAAUUCGCGGGUGGAUGAGGGUGAGGAGUGUGACCCGGGAUUGCUGCACCAACACAACGAUCCCUGCUGCACCUCAGACUGCAAGUUUCAACCAGGAGUGCAUUGCAGUGAUCGGAACAGUCCGUGCUGCAGAGGCUGCCAGUUUGAAUCUGCGCAGAAGAAGUGCCAAGAAGCCAUCAAUGCCACUUGCAAGGGAGAGUCCUACUGUACAGGAAGCAGCAGUGAGUGCCCAACCCCUGGCAAUGCCGAAAAUGACACAGUGUGCGUAGACUUGGGCAAAUGUGUGAACGGAGAGUGCCGGCCAUUCUGUGAGAUAGAGAGGAACCUCAAGUCCUGCGCCUGCAAUGACACUGAGAACUCCUGCAAGGUGUGCUGUCGGGAUGAGAAUGGGGUCUGCAGCCCCCAAAAGGAUCAACAUGAUCAUUUCUUGUACUUACGGAAAGGAAAACCUUGUACUGUUGGCUUCUGUGAUGCGAAUGGAAAGUGUGAGAAACAAGUGCAAGAUGUGAUCGAGCGCAUUUGGGAUUUCAUUGACAAACUCAGCAUCAACAUGUUUGGAAAGUUCCUGGCAGAUAACAUUGUCGGAUCUGUUGUUGUGUUUUCUUUACUCUUCUGGAUCCCACUCAGUAUCCUUGUCCACUGUGUGGACAAGAAACUGGACAAACGUUACGAAGAGACCACAAAGUCUUUAUUCACCCCCAGUAAUGUGGAAAUGCUGAGCAGCAUGGACUCGGCUCCGGUGCGCAUCGUUAAGCCUUCACCUUCUUCCCAGGCCACUAACCGUUUCCAGGCCCUGCAGACUGUGCCCAUAGUGCCCACCUCUGCCGGUGCCGCCACUAAAGCCGAUCACCAAAGAAUGGACACGAUUCAGGAAGACCCCAGUGUGGACUCUCACCUUGACGACCAGUUUGAAGAGGAUCACUUCCCUAACAGCGGCUCGCCGGCAAAGUCUUUCGAAGAUCUCACGGACCACCCAGUCGUGAGGAGCGAUAAGGCCUCAUCCUUCAGACUGCAACGGCAGGGCCGCGUGGAUAGCAAGGAAACGGAGUGCUGACAAACUGCGCAGCCCUUCUCUCGAGUCGCAUCGACAAUCAUUUCACUUGAAGGGCCCAACAGCUGCUACAGAGAAUGGAGCUGCACUGCUAAUCGCUUUGUGAUUAAACACUCCAACAUGCAGCAUUUUCCUAAAGGUAUUAUUGCCAUCUUAAAGGGUCAUCUGUAGAAGGGAUGAAAACUAGACCAUGGGAGUUUUACUGAUGCUUUGUAAGGGCCAUGGCACGUGGGGCAGCGGCAGUCAGAAUGCCCAAGUGCCAUAGCUCUAAAACCCUCUCUGUGUGGUUUUCGUUUAACAGCAAUGUUUUGUGUUGGUUACUGGGGGGGAACUUACUAACACGAGAGUUAAAAUCAUGGCUUUUAUAUGCACUAACUUGCGCCAUCAUUCACAAGAAAGACCCAUGAGCAUUCUUCAUAAAUAUGGAAACAAUGUGUUAACCCUUAGCUUUCCCCAGUUUCUUUAUGCUACCCAGUACCACCAUUAUUCUAAUCAUGUGAUGCUUUAAGGCAGGGAUCCCCAACCUUUCUUACUAAUGAGCCACAGUCAAAUGUAAAAAGACUUGGAGAGCAACACAAGCACCAUAAAAGUUAAUGGAGGAGCCAAAUAAGGGCUGUGAUUGGCUAUUAGGGGCCUCUAUGCACACUAUAAGCUUACAGGGGCUUUAUGUGGCAGUAAAUCUUGUUUUUAUUCAACCAAAACUUGCCCCCAAGUCAGGAAUUCAAAAAUAACUCCCUGGUUUGGGGGCACUGAGAGCAACAUCCAAGGGGUUGGGGAGCAACAUGAUGCCCCAGAGCCACUGGUUGGGGAUCACUGCUGUAAGGGACACUGUCAUCACAUUUACUCCCUACUGCUAUACUGUUCAUUUUGUUACACUGGGUUCAUUGUGCUGCGGAAUUUUGUGUCACAUUCAAUUUCAUGUUUUUAUUGUAUUACAAUUCAGUGCGUUUGGUUGCUCGGCCUUAGCCAAGCUUUGUCCAAUCUCUGUCAUUGUCAUAGGACAAGCUACUCCAUAAAGUGACAUAUAUAGAUAUAUAUCUGUUUGUGUGUAUAGAGUUUGUAUCAGUACAGGGAGAACAGUGCAUUAUAUUGAAAUACAUACAGAGCCUUUUGGUUUUGUUGGUACUACUGAUCUUUUUAGUGAGCCAAUGGCAUUUCCAAGCAGUAGUGUUGGAAAGGUCUAGAAUCUCUGCCAUAAAGCAAGGCAAGGCUACCAUGAACCAGAUUUCUAUUCCACCCUAUCAUCUUCAAGGACCUUACAGCUUCACACAUUGUUUUUCAGAUAAAAGUAAACACCUCUCCAUUCUGAUGACAGUAUCGCUUUAACUCUUUUAACAUGAGCUUUACGCACAGUGAGUACAAGCCAAGGCACUGUGCCAGCUGGGGCAGUAUUUUCAUGCAGCUGGGUACUUAAUCCCCCACCCACUCCCUAUAGACCAUAUAUGCCAAACACAAGGUCCUGGGGCCAAAUCCCAGCCAAAGCAUCUAUUGGCUGCUAUGAGCAACAUCACCGGUAAUGUCUUACUCCACUUUUUACACAUUGUGAUAAAUAUACCCCUUAGUAUCUUACUAAGUAUAUUAAUAAAAAAUUUGGCCCGCGACUUAGCCUGUGUUUUAGAUUUCGGCCCCUUAUGUGAGGGGGAAGGCAAAGGAAGAGGGAUGUUGUGUGAGCAGGGAUUGAGGCAGAUUGGGGGUGCAGGAUGGGCUGUGACUGAGCAGCCAGGCAGUGGAAAGACAGAGAAUUUACAGCUAAGUAUAUUGCCAAUAAAUGUGUAAUUCUGACCUUAACUGGUGAAACACUGGCCAGUUGGCCAAGCCUAGUCAUGCUGCUGGUGUGUGGCAGAUGUAAGCACAAUUCCAGGAGUGUAUGCCAGCCCCAGCAAGGGGCACGUUGUGUCUAACUGGACUGAUCAGAAGCCAAUCAUUUUGCUAAUGAUGCUGUAUUGCACUGAGACACGACCCUGAUUCUUUGGUAUAACCCACACCAUAUAUGUAUGUUACUGACUUCAUGUUCAUACACCUGCCUCAAACCCACAGCUUCUUGUUUUGUAUUGUAUUUGGCAACAUGGGCAACUCCUCGCUGCCAGCCUCCCCCCCAUUGCUGCCCAUAAUCUGACUGUGGGCAAGUAAGCUGCUGAACCUUUCUGUGGCCUUGUGGCAAUCAGUAAAUGGCAAGUUGUCUGUGGGUCAGUGCCCCUGUUUCAGCCUAUACCUAUAAUUCUAGGGAAAUGUCUUAUAUGCCAACACAGAGGCCCUAAUGCUUUUAUAUACUUGGUGCCCAAAGGGCAUUGAACCUUGGCAGCUCCCAGAAUUCCCACAGCAGUUGCAUAAAGUAAAAGCAGCGACAGUCUGUUGCACGUGCUGUUAGUGCGUAUGACUCUGUGCCGCUCGCCCAGCAUGUAUAUAGCAUUUAUUUCUUUGUAUGUGACCUUUUCUUCUUCUGCGCCUUCCAGGAUCUUCUCCUCUCUGCCUUUUCUAAGUGGCCUUUGGUGGAUAGGUCUUCAUGGGGCUGCACUUGAACCACUAUAUUCUAUAUGCGCCAUUCCCUGCCUUUAGCCUGUUUAACUUGGGGCCCUUCAGCCCUUUCGGCAGGUUGAACACUCCUUUUAUACAGGGUACCUUUCCCCCAUACUGUUUUCCCUCUUACACUGACCAGGCAUUUCUUUCAAACUCAUUUACUAACACUGGGCAAAUUUACACCUGGGUUAAUAACCAAUCAGUGAUAAGCUAUGUUCAGCCUGCUUGCUUUUUUUCUUGAAAGCAAGAAAAAAUUGGUUGCCAUGGGUUAUUGCACUAUUACAGAUUCCCCCUUGUGUUGGAAAAGGAGCCCCGUGUAUAAUAUGAUUCCUCCCAGCAGCCUUCAGUGCUCCGUAACCCUCAGUGUGUGAAUAAAGGUCUCGCUAUGCUUUGUGAGGGUGAGUUUUCCCAUAAUCCCCCGCUCAGUGCAGCUGCAAAGCCGCUGUUCCCAAGGGCUUGCAUUCAGUUUCUGUGUGCAUUUUUCUAUAAAGGUGUAUAUUUCUUAUUUGAUAUAAAAAUGGUGAGCUUGUGAUGUUACACUUAUCGUUGUCAUUAACUUGCCACACAAAGUAUUUUUUAAUGGAAUAAACUAACUUGAUAACCA